AUGAACUGCAAUGAGAAAGAACUGAAGGCCAAACUGCACAACAACAGGGCUAUUGCACAUUCUAAACUUGGUAAGAUGAUGAGAGCUUUAAUAUGCAUUUUUUUUUUCUAUUUUGAAGCUAUUGAGUUGUCAGUAGUAGUUUUCUGAAAAAGGUGAUAAUUUUGAAUGCAUGCCCGGGAAAAUUUAGAUCUUAUCUUGGCCUCUCAAAUAUACAAAGAAGUAACCUCUUACCCCAGAUAUCAAUGAGCAUCACAAGUUUUUCCCAAAAUUAUAGUAAUGGUAGUUGGUUUGCAACAUGUAUGGCUAAUCAGAGAUAUUUAUUUCAAUAACAGGAAAUCACCAGGAUUCACUAAGGGAUGCAGAAGCAGCCAUUGAGUUAAAUCCAACUUUCCUUAAGGCAAUUGUGAGAGGUUAGAUAUGUUAGCUGUGCUAUAAUAAUAAUAACAAAAGAACUCAACACUCUAAGGUGAAAUGAGGUUAAAUGGAGUUCAAUCUUGUCUCAAUUGACUUUAAUUAAGAUGUCGAGACCACCCUGAUGUACAUUUGAAUCCAGCUCUUGACUGCUAUGCCAUUACUUCCAUUAAUCAUGAUGAGAAUAUUAUUUUGAACGGGGUGAGUCCAGGGUUUUCAAAAUGAAAAAAGUAUCAGGAGGAAAUUUUAAAAUAGCCGGAGCACCACUGCGCCGCGACAGCGGCGCCGGGCGGCAAAGCCGCCCGUGGGGAGGGUGCGGGAGGGGGUUUCCCCCUCCUGCAGGGGGGGUAUGGGGGGCGGCCUCCCCCAGAAAAUUUUGAAAAUCUGCAUGCUCUGAGGUGCAUUCUGGUGCAUUUUCAGGACCAAAAAGUUAUUUUUUAGGUCGUUGUACACUUUAUUAUAACCUAGAGUUUUUCUUAAAUCUGACUCAUUAUCAAGAGUUUCUUGAAAAUUAUGUUUACUCAUACAUAUUACAAUGCUUUCCUUCCAGUCCCAUGUUACAUAUUACAAUUUACAUCUAAAUAAAAAUUGACCUCUUUCCCUUGUCAGUACUUCAUUGACCUGUUAUAACAUGAAUCAACUUUUGAAAUAAUUAUUUUUGCAGUCAGAGUUUUCCUACAGAUUGAAAAUACAGAUGAACAGUUUCGUUAUGGCAUCCAAGCACUCAGGCUCGAUUCUUUUUAGUUAAAAGUCACUGUCACUGAAAUCACUUUCCCCCAUUGCACUGUCCCUGUCACUGUCGUCACAACUUGGAUCAUCUUGAAAAUUUGCUAAGCCAAGUUUAAUGAGGGCCUGCUCUUCCUCUUGCAACGCUUGUUGUUCUUCUUGACUCUGACGAUCUUCAACUUGUGGGUCCGUCUGUGUUGAUACACUUGUUAAUUCUGGUGGUGCAGGUUCUUUGCCCUUGCUUUCUCUUGAGGCUGACUUCCCUUUGGCCAAAUUGUAGCGUUUUCCAGAGAGCCAUUUCUCAGUGGUCUUCUUCACCAGGGUGUCACAUUCUGAAGAAUUUGCCUCUGGACCAUUCAUAGAGAUAUUAACAAGGGCCUCCAGCAUCUCAUUGGUCAGCCUGCUCCUGAGCCUUGACUUUAUAAGCUUAACUCGACUGACUCCCCUUUCAGGCCAUGCGUUGCUUAUGGGCAUCGUGAGAGCUAUUUCUACAAUGUGCAUGAGGAGAGGGAGAAGAGAAAGGAAAGAAGAUCUUUGUUUCAUUAGCUGGGACAUGCACCACUCUGCUGGCAUGGUAGUCUUGCCUUCUUUUACAUCAGCUGGAAUGGCCAUCUCCUUCAUGUGGUACUUUAAUAUAUUCCACUCUGCCAAAAGUCGGUCUUGUUGGUCGGGGAAGUAGUGCUUGGCAAGAACUUGGAUAGAAUCUACCCGUAAGAGGGAAGUUCUGAAGAGCUUGCAGGAAUAAGAGUUGGAUCAAAGAUGGAGAGCGCUCCCAGAAGAGGGAGGGUGUUCUGAAACCUCAGGUCGAUGUUUUCCUUCAAAGCAGAGACAUACUUGAGCAACAAAUUUCGCAUGGAUGCAAGCUGAUGCUCAGAAGGGGAAAACUGCAGCAGCACCAUCUUUCCUUCCUUGAUAUCUUGGCAAAAUUGCUUGAUGGGGACUUCUUUGGUUGCCACUUCAUCCAGCGCUGCCUUAGCACGAACAAUUUCUGGUUUAAGGUGACUGAAAUUGACAGUAGAAUGCUGAAACGAUUUUGACAGGUUGUCAAGAACAGGAAGCACAUGCUUUAAAACAUACAAGCAAGCCAGGAAGCGGACGUUGUUCAUUUGAACUAACAGGCCCUGGCAUGUGGGGUCCUCAUCUUUCAUCCUGAUAAGGAACUGGAUGAUGGCAGAGAAGCUCUCCCAAGCGGAUUGAACGGCAGCGUUAAAUGACAGCCAUCGUGUCUGACAGGCCUUCUUCAGCUUCUUAGCUAUCUUCUUCUGCGAAUUCUUGUUUGAGAGAGUUAUUUCACUCACCUCAAGUUGAACUUUCAGGAAAAUGGCUGUCUUCUUGUUCGAGUUGUCAAGGAGUUGCCAAAGGGUGUUUAGUGUGUUCUGCAUCUUCUUUAUUGUGGCAAGAUCGUUUAAAGUGUCGGUACACGCCAGCGCUAGUUUGUGACAAACACAGUGGACAGAUAUUAACGACUGGAUUCUUUCAUCUGCUUUCAGCCUGGUAGCUACACCUGACCUUUCUCCCACCAUGACACUUGCUCCAUCUGACACAAAGCUUUUAAACCAGUCAAAAUUGAGACUGUGUUUCUCAAUGACUUCAGAAGGAUGCUUGUGAUGGUUAAAGAAUCUGCUGCGUCAGAGCUGGCGAGAACAUUUUCCAAACACAAAAAUUUCACCUCAACCUUUUCGCUACCCCUGUUAUAAUACUGGAUGAAACCAAUCAUUUGCUCCAAAUUUGCAAUGUCAGUCAUGUCAUCAACCAUCACCCCAAAUGGCCCAGUUACAGCAGAAAUGACUUCAUUUUGAAUCAUUUCACCAAGAAGAAGCAACAUGUUGCGAAAGGAACCUACUGAUGUGUGAUUAAAGCCACUCAUAUCACACCCCAGCUUCGCAACCAACUUUAACAGACUCUUAACCUUGACAUUUGCUAUAUCCUCCUUUGCCAACCAGUAAAGGCAAUAGAAAACUCUUUCAUACACAUCAACCUGAACUUCAGCAUUAUGAUCGAGCUCUUUCUGGAAAACUGAGAACCUGUUCAUAAGAAUGGCAGUGAUUGCAUCUUUGUGUCUCUUUGUUGCAAUGUGCUCCUCGAGGCAAUCUUUCUUUAACCUUGUGCUUGGUUCUGCAGAAAAAAAAUUCCUUUUUGUUUUGGGGAUUCUUGGAAUCAAACUUCUUGCAGAUCAGACAGUAUUGACCUUCUCCUUCGAUGUAAACGAGCCACCACAUCUGUACUUUAGGGCUAUAGGCCAAAUCCUUAUUAAAGAUAAGGCUGUGAUUAAACAUCUGCUUCUUUUUUGGUUGUUUUGAUGCGUGCUCUUUCUUCUUGAGACACACCCAAGCAGUCACGCUUUUUGCAGAGAAUGUAGUGAUGAAUUUUCUUCGUCUGCUGUUCUUCAGUGAAACUGUUCGUGAUAUCACUCUCUGACUGUAUACACACAGUAUCUGUGGGAGGAAAAUACAUGUAAGAUUCUUUACUUUUUUUUCUUCAGUGUGUGAUGCAAACCACCAACUAGAGAAGGCUACUCUCAAAAAAAAGAAAGAAAUAUCACGAAUUGUAAUAAAAAAGUUCGUUUACCUUCAGCGUGGUUGGUAGGGGCUGCGGUCACAGAGAUUUCUUGGCAGUCGCGUAACACAUUGACGGGCAAACUUUCGGCAUCUUCGAAGUUUAAGGACGUACUAGGCGUUGCAGAAGACCCUUCCGUGUCUGGUGCAUCUAACGAAAGCAGUGAGAAUAUGUAUCGAUGUUGACAAUGUGUACCAUUUAUCCCCCAUGACCAACGCGUUAAAUAAACCAAGCAUAGUUAUUUCGCGCUCACGUAUAUGACCUCACGUAUACAAAAUUUGAGUUAAAGGCGGAGAUUAAAUUUUAUUUUUUAGCGCGACAUACAAGCUCCAUAAAUAAUGCAUUGUUAGCCAAAAUUUCAAUCGAUUAGAUAAAUCAAUUUUAUUCCGCGGGCACAACUGUUUUAACUGUUUUUUUUAGUUAUCAGAAGAACAAUGCUUUGCUAAACAAUCAAUUUCAGUAAAACUCAUAUAUGUUAAGCGAGCCGUAACAUGUGGCGCGACUUAUGUCGCGACUAGUCUGGCUGUGUCGGCUUCGUAUAAAAUUAAUUUUCCAUAAAGAACUGUAAAACAUUCAGUUUCACCCGCUUUACUGAUUAUGAAGACUUGAAAUGAAACUUUAAGUCUCACAAAAAUCUUAAAAAUGCCUGGCUUAUAUAAAAAGUUAAAUGUGACCAAAUUUGUGUCGGCAUAAAAUUUAUUUAAUCGCCAGAGUCUGCCAGUUCAUUCUCGAAACGGCGCCUCACGAAACCAAGCGUUGAAUAAAUAAAAGCAUCCCUUAUAAAUCGCCUUGUUGACAAUAAAUAAUUCAACCUAAGCGAUACAAUAUUGUUUUCAAGCAAUGUUUCAUUCAUAACAUGCACCAAUACUUAUUUUCUGAUGGACUGGGGGAUUGUAAACAGGAACCCGGCGAACAUUUGCAUUUUAAAAAGUGUUUCAUACCUGCAAUCUCCUUUCUUUGCUGUUUGAACCCAAACUGGGUUAAAAGCGGCUGUGAUUUCUGCCUUUUCAUCCGGUGACUGGGACCGUUUUCUUAAAGAAAGCGCCAAGUACAAAGCUCUCACGAAUUCACAAACAGAUUCAAACACGCGAUGUGGAGAAGAAGACGAUUUCAUAAUUCGCUUACGCAAGAAAAAACUAGUCACGAAAUAGCAGGAUCAAAUGUCGGUCUUUCGUGGGAAAACGCAAAUGGUUUCCAGUCCAAGUUGAAUGCUGUUGAAUAAAAGAGUUACGAUUUCUGAUGCUGGAACGCGAUCAGUGGGCAAGAACAAAAUAUGUUAUCCUUAACUUUAACCCAUAGGAAUCGGAACUUUAUGUUUUUUUAAUUUUUUUUUUUAAUUUUGACUUCCAAAAGUACCCGGCGCUAACGCUCGAAGUAGCCGGUGACUUGCGUCGGGCGCCGGUUACUUUUGAAAACACUGGGUGAGGAACUCAAUGCGGAAUGCAAAGCAAAAUUUCAGCAUGAAUAUUUUAGUUCCUUAAGUCCAAUGAGUCACAGGUGUCAGAUAUGUUAAGAGCGUGUCCACGAGAGCACCGGGCGGUCGUGCUACAUGCCAUCUCACCGAUUUCAAUGAAACAUCGCCAGUUUAAAGGGUCUACCCCAAAACUCAAAACGACAAACUGGUUUCUGUUUUGGUUUUUUUUCCGGGGGGAGAUAGACCACCCCCCCGGUUUUUCUUGGUUUUCACCAAGGAAAUCGCUUCAAAUAGGUAAAAUGUAUGAAGCUCUCCCUGUGAUGGUAUUUAACUGAUUACUUUGAGAAUUUGCACACAUAUUUUUACAUCCUUAGUUAAUGUCUGCUGCGAGUAUCAGUCAGUUUGAUUGACGGCUUGUCAAUCAACAGAGGCAAAUAUACGACUGUGUUUUUUAGACUUUUCGAUUCAUCUAAAUACAACUUUGAGGUCAAAUAUCUCCCCUUGCCAGAAAGCUACAACACUAAUCUUAAUUGCCCUUUAUAACCCAUCAUUUUAUCUCUGAAAAUCAUCAAAAAAAUCUUUGGGCAGUACCGUAUUUUUGUCUUGGAUGCCUUUUAAAAUCUGCGACUGUGACAAGUUUCUCUCAACUACACCUGUCACGCAAUUCUUGCUCUAGGCGGUCACUUGACAAAAUAAACCUACAUUUUUUAGCUCUUUAUACAAGAUGAGUGAUCAAGAAAGGUGAAAAUUGUGAAAAACUUUCGAGAAAAACUUUCGAGAUACAUGUAGACGAAAAAUCAAUGGGAAAAUUGUAGCGUUUCUUUCUUCGGUCGUUUAUUACUUUGAAGAUUUGCUAAAAUCAGCAGAUAUGGCUUUUGUACGGCACAAAACAUUCAUUAGUCUAUAAUUUGAUUGUUUAUCAUCAUCAGUGCUCAUUUUAGGAGAUUUUAAAGUCACAUGCUGCGUGUUGGCUUAUAUUACUACAUGUUCCAGUGUGCUACAACUUCGGCUUUCACAGACGAGAAAUUCUGCGCUCUCGCUCGAGAGCAAAUAUAAAUUGUUCUAUCGGACUAAAAACUGUGCUUCUAUCCCGAAAAUAAAAUUAAAAUAGUGUUGACGUUGUCACUUACCGCCAUCGGACAUUUACAUACAGAACUCCGCUAUGCUAACAUCUGUUAUGUGACCCAAAGACUUUCCGUAGGAAUUAUUCAAGCGCCUUGUUCAUGCUAUCUGCUAGAUAACAGCUUCAGAAUAAUCUGCAGAUCUCUAUGAUUAUUAACCUGCUUCGAUCGUAAAAUAUCUGCAUAGUUUUUCAAGCAUUCUAUUACUACAUAUAAAUCUACAUCUCUCUAGAUCGAGUGUUGCCGGCGUUUAAUUGCGUGACUUGUAAAAUUUUUAAAUAAGAAUGAGCCAGCAGUAAUUUGACAAGUAGCCUUCCUGCAAAUUUGCCUUGAUGAAAUCCCAAGACAUAGCCAGUUGUUUUCGUGAGCAAAGACAAUAAAUAUGAAAGAAAAGUGAGAUGCGAAUGUCCUUUUUUUUUAGCUUAAUAGCAGCUGUACCCUCUCCUGCAGUCUUCGUCUAAAUUUUGCAAGGUCCCUCCUUAUCUUCUGCCUUGUUGGGUCAGUUUCGAAUUCUGAAGCUAGAUCAUUGGCAUCGGCCUCUCCGUCCUCAUUCAUAUUUACAGAGGGGGACCUCAUCAAUAAACCAAUUUUUGUUACGGCAGAUAACCGGCUGAAGUAUCGAGCGAUUUGCUGCUGUAUCAACCGGUCAGUCUUAGACAGCAUUUCUGGCCGGUGUCGUCUCUUUAACUCUCUCGAUAUUUGGGAAAUCACAUCAGAGGCGGUUGCCUUACUAGUUUCCUCCCUUGCCCAGCACACUUCUAGGAGAUAAUUCCCUGCUUUCUGAGAAAAGGUGGCUGUUUUUCGUGUUUCCCAAAGAGCCCAUCCAAAGUCCACUUGGCUAGUUAGGGAUUGUUCGUCAGAAUUUUUACCUGAGGUCCGACCUCGAACGUAGCCGUCCCCUAUAGAAUGGCAAGCCGGUCUUAGUCCAUUUCCUCUUGAUCAUAUCCUAGGCGGAAUUUUUUUGUCGGCUUCACUGUGUUUGUCUUUAUCAGGGUACAUUUGGAUGGCAGCCAAUGACUGAAACGUCUUGAUACGUCCUUCUUUUAGCAAGAAUAUCUCGCUUUCUUGUUCCGUCUAUGACGGAUUGGGUAUAGUUCUCGCGAUGACCCGCGUUCAGAAAUUUGUGCACGUUGCUGAUAACCACCCGCUUCUACGACUAGUUUGCUGAAGGUUUCUAAUGUGAUGAGCCUAGUGAGACCCUGAGGUGCUUCAAACUGUGCCAGUUGGUCCGCACUAUAAACUUGUCGCAGUUCUUAAGUCAGAGGGAGGAUCGCCCACCUCUAUCUAUGUGAGCGCCUCUACAGUACAUGCGUAUCCCUAGCAAUCAUAUGAUUUAAAGUUCAUCUCAGUCACAAAUCACCAGUUAGGAAAACUGAUAUUCAGAUAAGCGCUCUUCUUGCCCUUCUUCCUUAUUCGUUGUCGACUCUAAGAUACAGUACGCGUUCUAUUUAGGUUUACAGUCACCUUGCCGCCACCAGAAAGACUCGCCACCAGCUUUGAUUUCUUCUGCCAUCUGCAGAUUCAUCUCUCUCUCACUUUAUGUCUCCGAUUUUUAUGGGGAGGAUACUGGCAUUUACGAACCCGAAGGUCUGAAUCUCACACCAAGUUGUGCACGAAAUUUGAGGUACAUCGUGAAAUCGCGGCCUUCGUAAUCUCCAAAUAAGCCAAUACGCGCUAGAAUAAGCUCCAUCUCGGACGAAACGCAUGUUUGGGAUACAUCGACGUCUCUCAAAUGUUUUUUUUUUAAGCUGUAUACCCACGAAUUUAGAGGUAUGAGCUGUUGCCGACCCUGGCCAGCGCGAGAAAAGUAACAUUUGCUUCUACAGUUAGUUGCAAAUGAACAAGACAACUGCACCAUCUUGACUUUAUCAAUUCGAGUGAGAUUGAAUUGAGGGCUUUUUAGACACCCGAUUUCUUAUAUGGUAUCACUAUGAAGACGUAAUACAACUGAUACACCUACACUACAUAGGAUUAACAAUGUCUGUUGCGCUGUUGCGAGAAGGAGGAAAAUAUUACCGGAAGUGUACGCUCUUUUUAAAAAGAGUUUCAGAGACGUUUCAGAGAUGUCUAUCUUUGAUCGGCUGUUACAAAAAAUGACCCCCACUUAAAUUUACGAGGAAAAAUGAAGUUACCAACCCCUUGUUGAAAAAAUUGGAAUUCAUUUGACCGAUACGCCGGUUGUUUCAAUUUUUCUUUCUCCUCGGGCUGCUAUGAAACAGUUCAUAAAUUGACUAAUGAAUAAAGUGUUUUGAAAUACCGUUCGGGAUUUGCCUUUUUUUUCUGCGUCGACGUGACUUUACAUUAAGUAGUGAGCAUCACUGCACGAACUGAGAAAGUAAAAACUUGUAUUUAUCUCCCACGCGUUUCGUCUGACAAUAGUAGACUUCAUCAAGGAUUUUUUAAAGUAGAGUAAAUAAGCUUGCUCAUAUACAAAUAGUAAAUAAGUUGUCUCUUUACUAUUGAAGUCAGUGGAUAGAAUACGCCAGGUGCGCCUACGGUGUUAUACAUGAUUGACAUUUUCCGGACGUUACACGUACGAGUACGUGAUCCGUUUAAGAGUCACAGAUUUAGUGUAAGUAUUUCACUCCUCAACAUCACCCAAUGUCUCUAGUUUACAGAGGUCUUAGAACGUUUCAUUAUAUGGAGUUGCCUUCUGCGGGUAAAAGGCUACAAGCGAAUUUCUCAGGCGUAAUUGCCUUUGAUUUCUCAAUUGAUGUUGUCGCAAACACAGUUUUUGGGAGUCACGAGACAAAAAACUUAUCAGGACCUAGUUUCAUGUUCUAAUGGAAAUAAAUAGCAAAUAAAAACACAUUUUCUUGAGAAACUUGAAAGAGUCCUGUAUAUGAACUAGCUCGCACGUGCACGCAGGAAAGGCCAUGACAAUCAGCGAAAAUAAUAGCAAAUGCAGAUGAUAUUUGCAGUCAAAAAACAGGAAAAUAAGAUAACAGAAGGAUAAGGAACUUUCUAGAAGUGUCUUCUUGAAAAACAAAGAUGAACAAUUUUUACUUCUCAUGAAAGGUCACGCAGUAACCCUACAAAUACUAUUCCUAUACGUGGAAUUUCUUGAUGGUGGAAAGUUGAAAAAACAUUUUCCAGUCUUAUUUUCUGGAAACAUAGCGUAGUUAAUGAAUUUAUGGGGCUAUUGAUAUUUCCUAACAAAUAAAGGGGGCAGAGUUUCCCGUCAUUCGCGGUAUGGAAAAGCCAAAGUUGUUACACUCGGGAACUUGUACGUCAAUAAGCAGGCGACAUGUGACUUUAAAAUCUCUUCUCCUGCUACAGUUUCCUUAUUGUAAACUGUGCGAUAAUCAUAAUAGACGAUCAAAGUAUAGGCUAAUGAAUGUUUUGUUCUGUACAGGAGCCCUAUGUCCUGAUUUUAGCAAAUCUUCAAAGUAAUAAACGACUGAAGAAAGAAACGCUACGAUUUUCCCAUUGAUUUUCCGUCAACAUGCAUCUCUCUUAACGUGAAAUUUUCCAUUCCUACAAAAAUUCUCGAAAGUUUUUUACAUUUUUCACCUUUCUUGACCAUCAUCUUGUAUAAAGAGCUAAAAAAUGUAGGUUUAUUUUGUCAAGUGACCGCCUAGAGCAAGAAUUGCGUGACAGGUGUAGUUGAGAGAAACUUGUCACAGUCGCAGAUUUUCAAAGGUAUCCAAGACAAAAAUACGGUAGUGCCCAAAGAUUUUUUUAAUGAUUUUCAGAGAUGAAAUGAUGGUUUACAAAGGGUAAUUAAGAUUAGUGUUGUAGCUUUCUGGCAACGGAAGAUAUUUGACCUCAAAGUUGUAAAAUAUUUAGAUGAAUCGAAAAGUCUAAAAACACAGUCGUAUAUUUUCCUCUGUUGAUUGACAAGCCGUCGAUCAAACUGACUGAUACUCGCGGCGGCCAUUAACUAAGGGUGUUAAAAUAUGUAUGCAAAUCCUCUAAGUAAUCGGUUAAAUACCAUCGCAGUGAGAGCUUCAUACAUUUUACCUAUUUGAAGGGAUUUCCUUAGUGAAAACCAAGAAAAACCGGGGGGGGUGGUCUAUCUUCCCCCGGAAAAAACCAAAACAGAAACCAGUCUGUUUUAUUGAGUUUUGGGGUAGACCCUUUAAACUGACAAAGUUUCAUUGAAAUCGGUAAGAUGGCAUGUAGCACGACUGCCCGGUGCUCUCGUGGACACGCUCUUAAGUCACUAUCUAGCUGUUUUAAAAAGAAGGAUCAGGACUUACCUAACUUUUAGUGUUUUUGUUGGAGUUGGUGAUCCUAAUUUAAGUGUUUUUAGAAGUUUCAGUUGUCUGUAAGGCUAAAUAAAUCUAACUGAAACCUAAUAGGGCCUGUUUAUUCUUUUCCGUUUAGUUUUUUUGUAUUGUUUUGUUUUGUCUUUUUUUUUUCUUCUGGUCUGUGAUGAUUUCAAUGGUUUCAGGUUCUUUUCUCAGAAUUGAGCUACAGUAACAGUAUGCUUCUUUGUGUUGUUGCCUACAGGAGCCACUGCUUGUAUUGAAUUGAAGAGAUUUGAAGAAGCAAUCACUUGGUGUGAUAAGGGACUAGCUGUAUCCUUUGAAGGAAUCUUUCAUUUUUCACCGUGGGUAUAA